AAACAUCACCAAAACAAGCCACGAGGUUUGGGAAGGUUCUCUGUUCAACAUUGUACUUACGGUAGAAUAACUGACCGCGAGGCCUCGUUUGGCAUCACACCACACGAUGGGUCAGGCAUUUCGUCGAGCAUCUGGAAGAAUCCGAACGGCAUCCGAAGCUGACACCUCAUCCUUCUCCAAGCCCAAGACCGCCGUCGAUCGCCGCCAGCCGUCUAAGGUCGCCGCCGACAAGCCGCCACAGAUCUCAAAAGCCGCCGAACAAGACGUACUUCAAGCCGAUGAUCGUCCUGGAGUUAAUAAUAUGGACAACGUCCUGGAAGAAAGAGAUCCGAAAUUUGAUGCUAUGCUUGGUCAAAUGGUUGGUAGAAUUACAGCAAAGCCUGGGGGGAAACCUGAGAUGGGUGAGGCCUUUGUGGCUGAGAAGUAUAGUAGGCCUAUGCCCAAAUUGCGAAACACAAAACCAGAUUCUGGUCGUUACGAGGAAAGGCCAGUUCCUGCUGGGACUUUGAAUGUAGCACAGUUGCGCCAUAUCCUCCUCUUGCAUGAAGGCAAGGCUGAUGAUCACAAUGGGCCUAUGGAUGCUCACCAAAUUGCCGAAAAGUUUAAUGUCGAUGUUGCUCAGAUUCAGAGGAUCUUGCAGUUCUUAUCGCAACCUCCAGAAGGGAGCAGUACAGACAAGAACAAAGCACCACGAUAAACAGCUUUACUGGCAUUGCUAACUAGUUCUUGUCUGAAAAAGGCUGUUUGUUCUAAAUGGUUUGAAGUGUGGAUAAAGUCUUGCCCAUUGAAAAAUGUAGUUCAACAGAAAGGAGUAUGCCAAAAGCCAUGACAUCAUGACAUUAUUGACUUGUAAUGGACUAUAUAUUAUAUUAGCAAGUGCUGGCCAGCCCAAAUACUUAGAUUUUUAAGGAUAUCGUGAUAUCAACAAUUGAAUUUGUUCUUGUAACGGAAAUGAACCCUGGAGAGUGAGUUCCAAUAAGGGUUUUGAAACCCUAUGCUUAGUUUUUGUUUGUUCUUUUUUCAGUGCUUCACAACAAUUAAUAAAACAUGAGCAAAUUGAGCUUUGGCCUUGCAA